AACUAUGAAGGCUUUCUUGCUGUUGUCCCUCCUCGCCUGCGUCCUCCCCAUGGGACAAAGCGAAAUUUUCAGCCGAUGUGAGCUGGCUCAGACUCUCCAGCAGAUGGGGUUAGACGGCUACGCCGGCUACAGCCUGGCUAACUGGGUCUGCACAGCCUUCCAUGAGAGCCGCUUCAACACGGCUGCCACACACUACAACAACUACGAUGGAAGCACCGACUUCGGUAUCUUCCAGAUCAACAGCCGUUACUGGUGCCAGUAUGGCUCUCAGCCCAGUUCCAACAUCUGUGGGAUUCAGUGCUCUGAACUCCUGACAAACAACAUCGCCACAGAUGUGGCUUGUGCUAAGAUUGUGGUUACCGACUCUGCAAACGGCAUGGGAGCCUGGGUGGCAUGGAGGUUAUACUGUCAAGGUCAGGACCUGUCUCAGUAUGUGGCAGGAUGCAACCUGUAAAGAAACACCGUCCCGUGGGGUCACCUGAGAUCCAAGAAAACAGACUUUCUUCUCUCUCCUCUCAUCAAGCGAGAUACCGCUUCUGCUCAAAU